CGUUCGUUUCAUUUCAGUUCGCAUCCGCGCCGCGCGUCAGUCGUACGUGCGCGGUUGUCAAAUUUUCCCGCCAAACUGUAUAAACACACCGUGUAUUUAAUUUAAGAAAAAAAAAGUUUAGUGUUGUGUUAUUUAUAUUAACAGCCAACGUUAUAUCGAAGAAGAAAGGAUUUCUUCAUAAGCUGAUGCAAUUGAGGAUGAAAUAGACAAGGAGGGAAAAUCUAAAUAAAUUGUGAAGCAAAUAAUUACUAACAAUGUCCACUACCGCCGAAAAUGGUGUCGUCGACGACACACAAGGCACCACAUAUUAUUUUUCGAAAGGACGUUCAAGCGCAACGCUAUGGCAAAGGAUCAGCUUAUUCUUCUCCAUUUACUGGAAAGCUAUUAUAGUAGUUCUUACUCCACUGCUUUUAUUGCCGGUACCAAUCGCAAAUUCGGGUUCAGAAUCAGCUAAAGCCUACAAAUGUAUGUAUGUAGUCUUGAUAAUGGCUAUUUAUUGGGUACUUGAGCUAUUACCUCUACCCGUGACAUCAAUGCUGCCCAUCGUUCUGUUCCCUACCAUGGGUAUCCUGGAUUCUGACAAAACCUGUGCAGCGUAUAUGAAGGAGACCAAUAUGAUGUUUAUGGGUGGUCUUAUGAUAGCAGCUGGGGUUCAGCAUUCGAAACUGCCGAAAAGGGUCGCUUUAUGGACUGUGCAAGUCGUUGGGUGCUCACAUAGACGCCUCAACUUGGGACUUACAUUCGUCACGAUGUUCAUCUCUAUGUGGGUGUCGAACGCUGCCGCCACUACCAUGAUGGUACCCAUCGUCGAAGCCAUUCUUGAAGUAUUUGAACAGCAAGGACUUGGCGAUGUGUAUGUGAACAAAAAGAAAACACUUCCAGAAAACGGAAAGGAAAUAAAAGCGAUUCAAGACAAAAGUACAGAGGAAGAAGCUCCAAUACCAAGCGACAUUACCAUUUGCUACUACCUGAGUAUAGCGUAUGCAUCAACCCUGGGAGGUUGCGGAACCCUCGUCGGAACUGCUACCAACUCCGCCUUCAAGGGGAUCUUUGAUUCAGAGUUCCCGGAAGUGUCCGGUUCUGUGGACUUCUUCUGGUUCAUGGCGUACAGUACUCCGCCCAUGCUGCUCAUGCAGAUACUGGUCUGGGUGUCUUUGCAGGUGACCUACAUGGGACUGUUCCGGCCGAAUAGUGAAGCUGCGAAGAGAGUGAACAGGGCGUCUUCUGGAUCUUUCAACACCAUGAAAAUCAUCAAGGAACAGUACAAGGGCUUGGGUCCUGUUACUUUCCACGAAAAGGCUUCGGGAUCAUUGUUCCUGUUCGCAGUGUUCUUGUACAUCUUCAGGAAGCCAGGGUUUAUGCCUGGAUGGGCUGACGCUAUCACUACCAUGAAAGUGAAGGAUGGUGUGGUAUCGAUGUUUAUCGUCGUGCUGAUGUUCAUCAUACCCAUGUCGGUUGACUUCAUGAAGUUCUUCUCUUCAACUGCGUCCUACGAAGAGUUAUCUAUGUCGAAGCCUUCCACCGGAAUUGUGACCUGGAACAUCUUGAAGGAGAAGAUACCAUGGGGUCUGCUUUUCCUGCUGGGUGGUGGAUUCGCACUCGCUGAAGGCAGCAAGGCUACAGGAUUAUCGUCAAUGAUCGGAUCGUCACUGAACGGUUUGCAUGGCUUGCCGCCGUCUCUGGUUCUGCUGGUCGUGGUGCUGGUCACGCAGUUCAUCACCGAGUUUACCUCCAACGUUGCCAUCGCUAAUCUAAUUCUACCGGUGCUGGCUAACAUGGCGCGCACGCUGGACAUGGACCCGCGCUACCUGAUGGUGCCCGCCACGCUGGCGUGCUCCAUGGCCUUCCACAUGCCGGUGGGCACGCCGCCCAACGCCAUCGUCGCCGGCGUCGCGCACAUCCCCACCUCCAAGAUGGCGAUUGGCGGUAUCGGCCCCAAGAUAAUCUCAACACUGAUCGUAUGGGGCGCUUAUCCCACCUGGGGCUCUCUUAUCUUCAAACCAGAAGACAUCCUGGCUCUAGAUAACUCCAUCUCGUCACAGAAGACCACCCAAAACGUCACCCUGAACUGUAAUGUCACGGCGAGUACUCUGGAUCCAAACAAUGCUUUCAAUUGUACGCUACCUGCGUCAAAUAUUGCUAAUAAAACUUUAGCUUUGCAGGUAAGUAAAAGUACGUUCACGUGUAACUAUUUCCCAUUCAGUAAGAGCUAAAUUUGUAUUAAAUUUGUAUAUGAUAUUAUGGUGAUUUGGAGCAACGGUUGCAAGCAAUUUUGGUGCUUAUGUCGAUGGGAGUGUUGUCAACCUGAUAGUAUUUUUAUUGCCACGUUUAUGGUAGUUUUGUAGGAGUUUUUAUAAGAACAUUUAUUUGUAUACAUCAAAAUACGUAAGCGCUGUCUUAGCAUUUGUUGUGUUCAAUACAAAACGAAGCAUUUAUAUAUUUUCAUAUUAUGGGUAAAAUUACAUUACCAAAAUGUAUAUUUAUAUAUC